AUGGACAAUAGAACAAGACAAACAUUGCUGUUGAACAAUACAAACAACACAUGUCCGGCACCUCUUUUAUGGACUAGAGAUGUUGUUGACGAUGAAAAAGCUGCACUGGGCAUUUGUAUUACUGCUUCAGUUGUUCAUUCAGCAUUUUGGUUUCAAUUAAUUUUUUCUUCAUCUAUUCGACAAAAAUCAAUGCAAUGGAUCUAUGCAUAUCUUCUUACAGACAUUUUUCUUCUUUUUCGCUUUUACUUUUCUUACACUAUUCAUACAACAUCUACUGAAUGUCAACCAAGCAGAUCACGAAUUUUAUUUAUCUGCUAUUUUGAAGCGAUACUUGAUAAUUAUUUUAAUAUACUUAAAGUGUAUAUUUUAUUAGUUUUGAAUAUAUGUCGUUAUGUACAAAUCGUAUACAAUCAAAAUGUAUACCAAAUCAAUAGGUGUCUAUUGAUCUUAGCUCAUCUUGGCAUUUAUAUAAUUCCAUUACUUGUUUACAUCGCUCCAUGCAUCCUUGGUUGGACUGAUGUAAGUGGAUUUGUUAGAGAUACAUGUGUAAUAUUUUAUGCGAAUAUGUAUAUUCAAAUAUUUAAUACAAUAUUUGCAUUUGCAUUACCUAUUUUUCUUAAUAUCUUGGUAAUUUCUGCUAGUAUCCGCCAUGUUCGUAUAAAAGCAGCUUUACGAAAAAGUCAACAUUAUGUUUCAGCUCGUGAAAAAUUUCAUCGUUCAUUAGUCAUUCAAUUCAUUUGUUUUUAUGCUCUUUGGGCUGGACUAUGGUCACCAAAUAUUAUUGUUUAUCAAGCAUCAAUCAACAAGAAGAAUGUAAUUUAUAUUGUUGGAAUACUUAAUUAUAUUGAUGUAGCAAUAGAUCCAAUAAUUAUUGCAGCAUUAGACUUUCGUCUUUGGCAUGCAUGGCGAAAACACUUAGUUCGUAUAAAAAAUACUAUAUUACUCAAUGCACCUAGUCAUGCACGAGUUCAACCUUCAACAGCAAAUGUCCAUACAAUUUCGUUUAAAACUCCGAGACAAAAAACUACCACUAUGUGA